AUGGUCUCGGAACCAGGCAUAACGCUUCGUUUUGCACAAAAGAAUAUAUUCUCUGUAUUUCUCGAAUGGUAUAUUUACAUAUUCAAUAACCAAAGUAAAUACUCGGCCAAUUCCCGACUGAGUACGAGCGAAUAUUCAGCAGGAGGUUGUUCCAUCUCUAUCCUCAAAGAUUGUCGUUCGUACUUUUCUCAUUUAUCGCGUGGCUUGCUGUAUUCAAAAAUCAGUUUGUCUCUGGAUCUCUCGAUGAUGCUGCCUGUGCGUUCAUGCAGCGAUUCACAGUCGCAACAUUUUUCACAAAUCUCGCCGAUCUCUGAUGAAAGUUGCUCCGAAAAAUACCCAGUCGUCCUAUUAAAGUUGGCGCUGCUUGUUUUUACAAUCUGUGAAACGACACAUUUACUACUAUUUUGUCAAGUGCGUCUUAAAUUUUUCAGUUUGGUCAAGCGUAUAUUCAAACAAUGUAAAUUUAUCCCACAAUAUUAAUUCCAUUAUAUUUUAUUUUGUAUUAUAUUAAAUUUAUAUUUCUUUUUUUUUUUCUUAUUUUCAUUAUUUAUAGUCGCAUCAGCCACUUUCGUGGGUUAUUAGCGACUUGGAGUUAAAUCUUUACUAACAAUUUAUCAUAAAAGUUAGACUGUCCUAGAAAGUGUAUUAAUUUUAGGACCGUUUCUUUAUCCUUUAGGUUGUCAAUCAGGGAAAGACUCGUAUUUAAUUGAUGUCUAUUCGUAUCGACAAUAAUAUGUUCCAUGUAUCUAAUAUUUUAUAUUUCAUUUUAUAUUAUUUAAUUAUGGCCGUGUAAAUCAUAGACGAGGUAUGUGAAUAGUGACCUGAAAUACCGACAUAGUAAAAUCACUAGUUUUUCCAGCGCACUCUACGUUAAAUAACGGUGAGUUGGAGAACUAGUGAAUGCUCCAGCAACAAGAGUUCUAUCCGUAUUUUACGGAUGUUUCACGACUUUUUUCAAUAUAUGGUGAAUUAAAAUUUUAAAAUUAUUAACACAUGGUUUUACGUACAGAUGAUUUAUUAAGCAUUCUUGGAAAUAACUUUUAAUCGACUAAAUUUUCAACUAUUUUAAACUAUUAUCAAUAUUGAAUUGAUUAUUUAUUAAAAUUGUUGUUAAAAUUUUCUCAUUUACAUAUUCCUUAUACCAAAGGUAUAUGUCUAUGACAGAAGGUGUGUGUAACGUUGACAGAGAAGGAUACUCAACUGAUCCCGAAAUAUUCGCAUUUUUCCAGGUAUCUAACAACGUCUCUGUGUGGCGAGGCCUGCUAUUGUCCAGACACCGUGGUGUCCGUCCUCUUCUGGAUAGGUUACUUCAACAGUGCUCUGAACCCGCUCAUCUACGCGUACUUCAACCGCGACUUUCGCGAGGCCUUCAAGGACACGUUGAUGAGCGCGCUGCCGUGCUGCGCGAGCUGCUGGAAAACCCCGUCGGAGUUCGUCUAG